GUAUGAAUCUGGAUGAUUCCUCUCUUAGGUCGGCCUCAUCCACUCUGCUUUGCAGUAUUCUCUUCUCUCCUUUUUCUGGCUUGUGGGUUUUUCUUUUCUCCGCCUCCUCUUUUGCUAAUUCGGUUAUUUUUGCCGACCUUGGACCUCAAUUUCCCUUCAUAAUCAUCACAGUAUCUCUCACAUCUACCCUUCUAAGAUUGGGACACCACCAUCUCUGCACUUCCCAGCUUCUCUUUUCUCUGUUUUCCAUCUGUGGGAAGAGAAUUAAGGCCGAGCUUUUCAGAGAAAGGAAGAGAUGGGGUUUUUCAUAUCUUCUUCGUGAGGAAUAUCAUUUCUCCAUGGGCAGAGAAAAGAUGGUGUUCAUGGUUUUAGGUCAGGUCGCUGUAGUUUUUGGUUUGCAGACCCUCUCAGACAAGUAAUCCAGCGUUGGAUAGCGACUCCUUCUGAGAACCACUCAUCAUAUCCCCCCUUCCCCUUCACGAGAUCCGGUCACUCCUUUUUGUGUUCUUUUCUUGUUUGAACGAAUGAUAUUCUUGGUCUCACUGAAAUCUAUCAGAGUCUGAAAAAAAAAAAAAAAAAAAACUCCAGGGUGAGGGAAAGAGAAAAUGAUAUUCUUCUGUCCUCCAAGAUCAGGUUUUCCGUCGGUAGGUGGGGAUUUGAGCUCCAAAAAGGAGGGUGGGUGCUUUUGAAUUCCUCAAACUAGUGACCCAAUUGUAUUUUGUUUCCGUCAAACUCUCUCUCUCUCUCUCUCUCUCUCUCUCCACCCCUCCCCCAACACCAUGUCUAGUUCAAUUUCUGAAGAGGCCAGUGUUUCUUCUGGCAACAAUAACAACAGAGUGGAAUUCUGCAUAGGAGUUCAGGCUCCUAAUUUCACAACCAUCACUCCUCCUCCCUCACACCAACAGCCUGCGAAAAAGAAAAGAAGUCUCCCCGGAAACCCAGAUCCUGAUGCAGAAGUUAUCGCUCUAUCUCCGAAGACUCUCAUGGCCACCAACCGUUUCAUCUGUGAGAUUUGCAACAAGGGCUUCCAGAGAGACCAGAAUCUGCAGCUCCACAGGAGAGGCCACAACUUGCCUUGGAAGCUGCGGCAGAGAACCAGUAAAGAGAUGAGGAAGAGGGUCUAUGUGUGCCCAGAACCAUCCUGCAUCCACCAUGAUCCCUCAAGGGCUCUAGGUGAUCUCACAGGCAUCAAGAAGCACUUCUGCAGAAAGCAUGGAGAGAAGAAGUGGAAAUGUGAGAAGUGCUCGAAAAAAUAUGCAGUUCAGUCUGACUGGAAAGCUCACUCGAAGAUAUGUGGAACAAGGGAGUAUAGAUGUGAUUGUGGAACCCUCUUCUCUAGGAAGGACAGUUUCAUUACCCACAGAGCCUUCUGCGACGCCCUGGCAGAAGAAAGCGCGAGACUUUCUGCACCCAUAAACCCUCUCCUCCCGCCUUCCUCCCUACCACCCACCAUUACCCAACCUCCCCUCCACAACACCUUCGCUUCCUUCAACCAAGAAUCUACUCUUUUCCCAAAAUGGGACGCCCAAAUCCAAUCCCAAGACACACAGGAGAAGAAGCCAGAGCGCUGCUCCCUCCUCCUAGACCACACCAACAAACCCACUUCCCUCCAGUACCCCCAGCACCCACUCUUCACAAGCUAUCAAACCGAGCAACAAUCCCCUCUCCUCAUGGCUACCCCCUUCAACCUCCCCCUUCCUCCCUUCUCCCCACACCUCUCAGCAACCGCCCUCCUGCAGAAGGCAGCAGAGAUGGGUGCAACUCUAAGCAGCCCCUCUGCCAGUCUCCUCUCAGUUGCUCACAUGACCUCCAAGGGUGAGACUGCAUCUGCAGGCUGCAUGCAGCAGGAGCUAGUAGGGCAGCACCCACAUACUGACAUGGAGGAGAGGAUUGCACAGAUGGUCUCAGCCUUGGCCCAUGAAGGAGGCGGAGGACAAGGUGGGUCAGGUGGUGAGGUGGUGAUGGGUGGUGGCGAGGAGGUGGGCUCAGUACAGAUGAGCUUGCAUGCCAUGUUGGCCGAUCAGAAGGAAGGUUGCAAGAGUCAAUUCACAAGAGACUUCUUGGGGGGUUGCCUUAGUGGGAUGGAGAUUGGCGUGAGUGCAUAUGAGAGCGACUGCUCCUUGAGGCCGAGCCCUACUGUUGCCGGUUUCCGGUUCUCUCCGGCUGCACAAUCAUGGCAGAGUUGAGAUAACUUGUCUCUCAUAAAUUUUCUCUUCCUUGAUUUCCGUUUUCUUUCUCUUUUUUUUGGUACCAUGCAUAAAAUCGUAUAUUUGUUUACGUA